AUGUCAACCAACAACAUCGGAGACACAGCAUCACGACUAAACGCCCUAAACGCAACCAGUGGAAAUUUAGCAGAGCCAUCCAAUGCUACCACAGGCGGACCCAGUGCACAAGUGGGGAAUUCGAACCACGUAGCACUCAACAGGGAAAGGGGGAUUCCAGCCCCGUUGUACAAUAAGCAAUCUCUAAUCUCCAGCUAUCUCACCAGAGAAAAAGAUAGUUCAGGGCAACCGGGCGAACAAGGGUUAAACAAUAAUCCCAACAAGCAAAUCAACAACAACCCAACACAAAGCAAGGGAAAUGCAACCGAGUCAGGCACUAUUACCCAAAAGAAUGGAAAUGACCCCAAGCAAAGCCAAAACAACGGUGAAAGCUCAAAGAACCCACCGAGCAAUGCGGCUGAAAAAGGGAAUACCAAGCAUACCCAAGACGCCAUAACCAUCGAUGAUUGCUUAUCAACAACCGAGAACAGGUACAUUGAAGAAUUCGGUGGGACAACCAUCCUUCCGAAGAUCAAAAAGACAAACCCCGCUAUGGGCGAGGAAGAAAGGAAAAAGUUGUUACACGAAUACCAAAUCAGACUGGCUGAACACAACUUACUACUCAAAGAAUCAGCAAAGUUAGCUGGAAUCCCACUCGUAGACCCCUCCUCAACCAUUAUUGAAGAUGGCUCAACUUCCCUACCUAACGGUUCCUUCGAAGAAGGAGGCUUGUCUUUCGAUUUCGGAAAAGCACCUGACGCUAGCUCUUUAGGCCUUCCUUUGUACUUCCACAAAAAUAUGCAAGUUCUUCAAGGAUCUCUACCGCUAACAAUCUUCAACAAAGAUUGGCAACAAGCGGCAUCAGAUAAUCAUACGGAUUACAAAAAGAAUGAUAAAGAAGUGGAAAAGUACAGAGGUCAUCCUUACCCCGGAGAGUGGUCCCAAUCCCGGUUCAAAUGGAAUGAAAACUUCGAUAAUCUAGUUGAGACCUGCAGAAAAGUAUAUAAAUAUGCUAAAUUUGCCAACGCCCUAGAAGUCCACAAAAGGAACGUCAUUAGGAUCUUCAAAGACCAACGAUCAUGGGUCAUCGCAUUCCGUUAUGAUCUGACCAUAAGGAAAGCAACGUUUGCAGUUCGAAACCCUACAGAUAAAAUUCCUAACCCAGCUUUAGAACCAUCUGGCCUCGUCGAUGAAGUCUACUAUUCCGCAAGAGCUCAAGGAGACCUGAACUCAGACGAUAACCCUUACCGGAAAGGAGGCCCCAAAUUUGGCAGAAACCCUUACGCAGACACCACGACUGACCUAAACCCUACCCAGUCUAACCACUACGUUUCUGUAGCUGGCCCCUCUAGGCAAAACAAUACCGGAAGAAACCAAGCCAAGAAUCAAGGACCUUAUGGAAACUACAGAGGAAAGAACUUUAACCCAAGCUACAAAAGGCCAGAUGGGACGAAGUUAGACGGGCUGAAAGGAAAAGGGAAGGAGAGAAGGUAG